AUGGUUGCGUGUAACCGAAACAUGGUCACAUGAACAGAACAUGACGGCUGUCACCAUAUAAAAAUUAAAACUUACUUUUCACCCUUUGUGUCCUUGGUACGAUUGUCAGUCGCAUUUGUUCUUAUGUGUUUAUGUAGUUUGCAAUGAGUCUUUUGAAAAGCAUACGCACCACGCUGAAGUCGGCACCCGACGAUUUUCUGAGAGGGCUAGACGUCCUUACAGCACCUUCUGCUAAACCCAGCAGUGGCAUAAGCUUGCAAACAGCCACAUUGAUUAACUUUGAUGCUGCACAGGAGUUGCUUACUAGGAAUGAAUGCAUAUGGAAGGAACUUAAUGAGCAGACUGAGGUGGCAGGAAAACAAGCACAGGAUGCCGACAGUAUGAUUUCAGCCCUGCUUGCUGGGGUGGAUAGGCAGAAGGAGCUGGUGGUGAGAUUCCAUGAGGAGGUGUCCAGACUGCCACAGAUCCUACAGCAGCUCCAGGAGAUCACCAACUCUCUUGCCCAGGUGGAUGAGAACUGUGACCUGGUAGAGGCGGCCCUGGUACAGCUUGAGACACUUUGUGAGGAGCAGGUAUACCAGGCCAAUGUGGACUCACACCACAAACAGCUGGCUGUGUACAAAAUGAAGAAGGAUCAUGAGCUGAACACCUACAGAGUCCAGUUAGCCCGCGCGCACACUGCAAAGGCAGAGGAGCUUCAGCAGCGUAAGAAGCACUUGCUAAAAGAGCGACAGAUGGCGUACGCUGAGGAGUUUGCUCAUGAAGUGGACUAUUAUAAGAAACAUGGGAAGACCGGCAAGGCCUCAUUUUCUCAAGAGAGCGACGAGAAGCUGGACCUUGCUGAUGUGGAGAUUGAAGAAGACAAGCAGGCCCUCGAUGAGUUCCUUGGAGACACUGAGAUGGAGAACCAAGAUGGAAACGUAGCCCAAACCAGUGACUCUGAUGACGAGCUAACAGCAGCCAAAGCGGAACAAACUAAGCAAGCAACAGGUCUUGAAUAUACUCCUGUGAUAGCAUCAGAGGGUUCAGUAAAAACUGAAGAAUCCUGUUCUGACAUUCCUGCAAUAUCUGAAUCCAACAAUACUACAGAUGCAGAUGCAAUCAAUGUCGAAGAUUCUAAAGAACGGAUUCAUUUAAAGUCUGAAGCUACUGAAUCUGGGGAUAAAGAUUAGGCCAAACAGGGUAGAUAUUCCUGUUAAGUCACACAGAACUGAGUCAGACAAGGCUUAUUCUUAAGAUCUUCUCAGACAAAAAGUAAUGAGCCCGUAUUGAACAAACAAGUUUUCGACUUAAGUCUAUGAUAAAGGAUAUUCUUUAAAUUGCUUCAAAUUAAACUACCGGUAUUAAUUAAUUGCCUCCGUCGUCAUGAUUCUUCAUGUGGAAUAUUUUGUUAUGGAAAUUAUUAAAAUUGUUGCCUGUAUAUAUAUGACGUAUUUUUCUUGAUUCUAAGUCUAGUUGUCGUUCUCAAUUGAAUUGCAAAUAUGGGCCCUGAUGUACAAAGUACUUUCCCAAAAACAACGUAUCUAUGUUACCAAAACAUUUAAUACAAGUACUGGCAUUGGCCUCCAGAAAUUUUUAUAUUGAUGAGCCGCCUAUAUAUACCGGUAUAUAAACUUGCAGCAACAAUUCAAAUACUCUUUGAAUGUCACACAGAAAUUUGCUAUAAAUUUACCGAAUAAAGAUAAAUACAAAAAAGUUUAGCACUGCCCAAAUAAACUCGUUUUAAUACGUAAUUUUUUAAUUGGGUGAGUUUGAUUUAUAACUUGGACACGAAAGCAGUGAAAUGUCUGAGUAAUUUAACGUUUAUGUGAAAACACAGAUUCUGAGAAUAAGAGAAUACUGCAUUGGACAUUCCUUGUUAUUCAAUUGAUGAAGGUGAUCCUGCAGUAAAAAAACGGAUUGAAAUGUGGUCUGUAGGCAGAUAAAAACAUGCUGAUAUUAGUCCUAGAAGAAUGUUGGCACCAAUGGAAACUCCGAAAAAUAUGAAGAACUGGAAUUUUACUGACUGGAAACAUGUAUACAUUAUAUUGUUUCAGUAAUUGUUCCAAACUGCUGCUCUAUUUUUUGUUUAAUAUUGGUAUUGUUUGAUUGUCUUGUAAGAUGCAUGGAAGUGUUUUUUUAAAAGAAAUCCUGUGCGAACUAUACUUACUAUGCUUACUAGUACAUUCCAGAAACAUUUUGCCAUAAAUGUAAAUAUAUACAGAGUAAUUCUUUCCCACUUAGAAGCUUAGUGAAAAUGGCUAUGUGCAAACAGCAUAAAACCAGAACAGCCAGCGAAUAAAUCGCAGUCUGUUCAGGUUUUAUGCUGUUUGCUGCUCGUCAGUAUCUAAGGGUUGGAAUUGAGACCUUUACAAGUUGCAUCUAGUAAGAAAGGCUUUUAAUUAGAUUUAACUUUUUAAGGGACUGCAAAUGCAACAAAAUACAUAUCUAAGUGGUAAACGGUUAAAUAAUGACCAACUAUGUGGGCUGAUCAUCAAGAUGUUAUGUAAAAUGUUGCAAGUUGUUACAAACCCCGAUACGAAGUAGAGGGCUUUACUGGUUUAAAAUCCCUUGUUUGUUUCUUAUAAAAUGAUGAAAUAUUAAUCAUUUCAGCAGUAUUUUCCGAUUUUAAACAUUUUUACGAAUAGUACAUCUAUGUGAUAUAGUAAGAGAAUAAAGACAGUCUAUGAAUUUAAGGAAUUCAAGUUUUCCCUUUUUGUUAUGUGUGAAUGAAUGAAGUACAUAAUCCUAACAUUCAUACGAAGACUGUAUCCCUAUCCCCCAAAACAAUCCAUUGAGUAGUUCAGAAUUUUAUACAAGACACAAGGUUGAAAUGUCCCUACCCACACCGUUUCAGUCUUCUAUAAUAAGGCUUUGAUUAUGAGGUGUGAACGUUUGCCCGAGUCUGUGGAAACGCCGGUAAUGGCGAUCAUAUGAUCACCUCGCAAGCGUUUAAACCAAUUCACAUCGUGUGCAAUUUUGUUUGCAUAUGCAACACUGUAUGCGAAUUUUUGUUUGUUGAUUGUUUGAACUGUUGAAAUGUUAACUUUAUUUUAAUGAUAUUUAUUUUACAAUGAAUAAACAGAAUGAAAAUGUCAAUAGUUUAGUUGUGUGCUUGUCAGUUCUGUUUGAACUGUUGAAGUGUUAACUUUAUUUUAAUGAUAUUUAUUUUGCAAUGAAUAAACAGAAUGAAAAUGUCAA